CGUCACAGCUGCUGUGUGUUCCAUUGUCCGCACAACAUGCUGCUAACAGGAGACCUGCCUUGUUCCUUGUAGUAAAUACGAACUACAAAUGGACCGCAGUUUAAAGCGCCGGCAGGUGAAGCCCCUCGCUGCCUCCCUCUUAGAUGUCUUGGAUUAUGACAGCUCGGACGACAGUGACUUUGAAGUGGGAGAUGCUUCAGGAUCGGACGGCACGGGCAACAACAGUGAAGAGGGAGGGUCCAAAGCAAGCGCUGCGGGUUCAGGAAGCGACUCGGACAACGACGCUGGUUCUGCAGACGAUGCCAUAGAUGAAGAGGAGGCCAAAGACCUUGCUGCUGAGGAGAACCUAACAGAAGACGAAGAGAAGACCAAACAGCAGGCAUCGUCGGACAGCUCCACCAAAGACACCCCCGCCGUUACCCGACCCAAAGGCCGACGCAAGAGCAAGAAGACGUCGGAGCCCGAGCCCGCUGCAGGGGCUGGCACUGGCACUGAAUCUACCUCCACGUCCGGGUCUGGCAGCGCCAACACAGAGGAGUCUCAGACCGAGCCCAAGAAAUGGAAUUUCCGCAGGAACCGCCCCCUGCUGGACUUCACCACGAUGGAGGAACUGAACGAGAUGGACGACUACGACAGCGAGGACGACAACGACUGGAGGCCCACGGCAGGGAAGAAGAAAGGCAAAGCAGCUGCUCAGAAAGGAGGCACUGAGGAGGAGGACGGGGGCAGUGCUAGUGAGGACGACGACGAUAACGACGAAGACGAGGACGACGGCGAGGACGACGACGAGAAGGAGGAUGGUGAUGACAACAACAACACCACCACCAACAACACCAACAACAGUAGCAGUGACAGUGACAAAGAUGUGAAGAAGCCCAAGAAGAAGACUAAGAGCACCAACGCUUUUGAUGAAGAGCUGACCAACGACAGCAUGUCCCAGGGAAAGGGCAAUGAGAUCCCCCAGGAUGCCUUGCUGGACCGGUCCCAAACCUGGAGCACGCAGCACAUCCUCAUCUGCUGCGUCUGUCUGGGAGACAACAGCGAGGAUGCAGAUGAGAUCAUCCAGUGUGACAACUGUGGGGUGACUGUGCACGAAGGAUGUUACGGCGUGGACGGCGAGAGCGACUCGAUCAUGAGCUCUGCCUCAGAGAACUCAACAGAGCCUUGGUUCUGUGACGCCUGCAAGAACGGAGUGACUCCGAGCUGUGAGCUGUGCCCCAACCAGGACGGCAUCUUCAAAGAGACGGACGCUGGGAGAUGGGUGCAUGUGGUCUGUGCACUUUACGUUCCCGGUGUAGCAUUUGGAGACAUCGAUAAACUACGACCAGUGACGCUCACUGAGAUGAAUUACUCAAAAUACGGGGCCAAGGAGUGCAGUUUCUGUGAGGACGCCCGCUUCGCCCGGACCGGUGUGUGCAUCAGCUGUGAUGCAGGAAUGUGUCGUUCCUAUUUCCAUGUUACCUGUGCACAGAGGGAGGGGCUCCUGUCUGAGGCCGCAGCAGAGGAGGAUAUUGCCGAUCCGUUUUUUGCGUACUGCAAACAGCACGCUGACCGCUUUGACAGGAAGUGGAAAAGGAAGAAUUAUCUGGCCUUACAGUCGUACUGCAAAGUCUCUCUGCAGGAGAGAGAGAAACAGCUCACUCCGGAAGCCCAGGCUCGCAUCACUACCCGCCUGCAGCAGUACAGGGCAAAAGCAGAGCUGUCCAGGAACACUCGGCCUCAGGCGUGGGUACCCCGGGAGAAGCUGCCGCGACCCCUGACCUCUAGUGCCUCAGCCAUCAGGAAGCUGAUGAGGAAAGCUGAGCUGAUGGGCAUCAGCACCGACAUUUUCCCCGUGGACACGUCCGAUGCUAGCGCCAGCUUGGAUGGACGCAGGAAGCACAAGCAGCCCGCCCUCACAGCAGACUUCGUCAACUACUACCUGGAGCGAAACAUGCGAAUGAUCCAGAUCCAGGACAACAUCUCUGAACAGAAGAACUUAAAAGACAAGCUGGAGAGCGAGCAAGAAAAGCUGCACGUGGAGUACAACAAGCUCUGCGAGUCCCUGAAGGAGUUGCUCAAUGUGAACGGGGAGCUGCGGAGUGAAGGCCAGGCCAUGUGGACUCUGCUGGGGGGCAUCCUGGGCCAGAAACUGAACACGCCAGCUGUUCUGAAAGCCCCAAAAGAGAGGAAGCCCAGCAAGAAGGAGGGAGGAUCCCCAGGGAAAUCAUCCAGCCUGCCAGCAAUCCUCUACAGUUGUGGCAUCUGUAAGAAGAACCAGGACCAGCAUCUGCUGGUGCUGUGUGACACCUGCAAGCUCUACUACCACCUGGGCUGCCUGGAGCCACCACUCACACGCAUGCCCAAGAAGACCAAGAACAGCUACUGGCAAUGCUCCGAGUGUGACCAGGCCAGCAGCGACGAGGCCGAUAUCGCCAUGGAGACACUACCAGACGGCACCAAGAGGUCCAGGAGGCAGAUCAAAGGCCCGAUCAAGUUCAUCCCUCAGGAGAUGUCGCCAGAGCCCAAGAAACAUCAAAGAACCAGAGGACAGAAGAGGAAGAGGGUUCCCAUGUGUGAAGACAGAGAAGAUAAACUGGAGGAACCACUACCACGGGAACGCCGACAACGCCAAUCUGCAAUGCAGAAAAAACCCAAAGCUGACGACACGAGGACCGAAUGCACAACAUGCAGAGGACCGGGCGACAACGAGAACCUCGUGAGGUUGUGAGAGCCGGGGCAGCCAGCUCACCUCCCAUAGAAACUGGGGACCGAUGACCGUUGGCUUAGAGACAGAGAGAGGCAAAUUGAAGCGUUUGAAGAAUGGCGCUCGGGUCAGACUGAAGAUUGAGACCGUCACAUCGCCCCGCAGCCACCUCUGAUCCAAACUGGACCAACAGCUGUCCAACGGAAAUUGAGCGGGACUGUCUGAAUCCAAAACAUGGAGUCGGUCAUUUUUGGUUAAUGUUGGACUCUUAACUGCUUUUACACACUACGAGUAACUUGGUUGAUUGUUUUUGUGACCCUUUGUGGCUCAAGUUGCAUCUAUGCAAUUUUCUGCAUCUACCAAGUUUUGACCAAGUAAGAAAAAGUUAUGUUUUUUAUACAAUUCAUGUAUUAAACCAUUCUGGCAAAUAACCACAACACCUCUCUUGUGCUAGUUAGGUAGCAUUAAACACAAAUUUGUCAAAUGAGUGAUUCGUUUGACUUGGAGCCAGCUGAUGGCCGGACUGCUCCGAAUUUAAUUAGUAGGACAUUGAGUCAUUGGUAUCUUUACUUAAUUACUUCCUUAAUGUGAUGUAUUUCCUCUAGAAAUAAGAUGUUGGACAAUGAGGGAUAUAUCAACUAUGAAGAGGAAAUCAGUUUGAUUUGAUACACUCUUAGAAAUAAUGGUUCCAAAAGGGUUCUUCCUGAAGGGCUGAGGUUCUACCCACAACCAUUUGCUUCUGAAGAACCCUUUUUUGAUAAAAGUGUUUUUCAUGGGCUCUUACGUUACUUUACUUUUUGGAAAUACAUAAUUCUUCAAGGAUUAUUCCUACCCCACACCCCAAAAUACCAUAGCUGUGGGUAGCUCUGCACCACAUCAGUGCCUGCUCUUUAGGAUUCUCAUGAAGUACCCUGGGUGGGAUCUAUAUGAAACCCUUGGAAUAUAGAAGUGCUUUAUGUAGAACCCUCUUGGUCGGUUCUUGUUAGCACCCUUGGAAGGUGGAAAGGUUCUGGAUAGAACCUCCAGAGAGGGUUCUGGGUGGAGCCAUUACUCCAUAGCGGGGUUUGUGAAAGGUACUACCUUCAUGAAAGGUUCUACUAGGUUUUUCUUCUGGGACAAGCCAUCAAACCCUAUCUAGUUCUAGUUAGCACCUUUAUUUCUAAGAGUGUAAGGCGGGCAGAAAGGCAGGAUUCUUCGUUUUUACAGUAUACCCACUAAUGAACCACGGAGACCACUGAAGAUGCACUGUUUUCCACCAAGAAGCUACUUUCUAAAAAAGCUAAUUUCAUGAGAUCUUAAAGAUUGUGUUUAAAUCUGGCGGUAGAGAGCAAUAAGUUUGUCCAAAGCUGACGCGCUUCUUGAUUGCUCACAUGGCAGCUGAGCCCCCCUCUUGGGAGACAUGAGUGGAGGACUCUUGGCUUGGUGGCCAUGUUGCUCACAGUGCGAAAGAUCAAAGAGCUAUAAAAGGCAGAAAAGCUGCUGCCCUCAGUUGAUUUGUGCAUCUUCUGACUUCGCACGCUAUCACAAAUAAUUCCUCUCUUUGCCUCUAGGUGCUCACCUGCAUCCAACAUGUGUGUGUGAAUUAUUUCAGAUCUCAACUCUCAGUACCACUUCUGAUCAGUACCGAUCAGUAUUAUUGAUUGAAGUCGUCACCCUGCGCAUUUCAGUGUGAAUUUGGUUAACGGACACACUUGAACCCAGGCUCUCCCAGACUUGAAUGUUGUGUUGUGUUUUCUAUGUACAUAGAGGACCCGAAGUAUUAAGAAAAGUCACUGUUUCUGGUUAAUGAAUGCUACUAUAUAGCAUCUGUAGUUGAAACAAACUAGGUUAGUUAGUGGUAGUAGCACUUAAAUAUUAGUCCAAAUGUCUUUAUUAUCUUUAGGCAUUUAGGUCUUCCUCUGUCUCCAUAUCUUCAACUGACACGUCCUCAGAAAGAAGCCCAGCUUUGUCUCCAUGUCCCUGGCGGCCCAUCGUCCAUGCCGUCAAAACAACAGCUGCUUGCUGCUCUGUCAGGGCUCAUGACAAGUGUCACACUCUGCCCUCAUAUGUCACUCUGCUGCCUGUCCAGGGCUCUAUAUGCAUGCUUUUGGGAGCAGUCAAACCCAUGCAGUUUACUGCUUUUUGCUUCUCUGGAGUUUGUCCAGACCCAAAUCCACACUGGGUCCGUCUUUAGAGACGAUACCUCGGUGCAGAACGACUUGCUGUUUCCUGACCAGUCCUUUCCCAUCACUCAUGCUCAUGUAAAUAAUGUUCAUAAUGUAAAAUAAGUGAUGUGGUCUUGUUAAAUUUGAACACCAGGUAGCUACGUAAGUGUGACAAUGUGUACAGUAUUUAUUGAAGAGGCCAAUCAUACAUUUCUGUGCCUACAUACUUGAUUAUAUCACAUAAGCUUGUGUUGUGAAGAGUGAACUCUGACUUUUGACGUAGUCUUGAAGCGACUACCAUGUGUUCUUUUGAUGGCCAGACAUUCGUUCACAUUUGUUUACACCCAAGCUUUUAGGGGAAUAUUUCAGAUUAAUUGUGUGCUGUAUUGUGAUACUGUAUGAAGUAAGAAUGUGAAUGUUGCUGCUGUUGUGUAUGUGAAGUGUCUCAGCCUCUGGCCUACAGCUCUUUAAAAUGAAGCGGAGCUUUAAUAAACUCUUGACUUUUUCACCUUA